AUGGGCACGAGUUUUACAGCUUUUCGAGCGAUGUUUUAUCUACUUUUACCAUCUGAAACAUAUUAUGAACGACUUGAAGAUGUUCCAGAUUAUGUAGUCAAAGUUAUUCAACUUUUUUUUCUUUUACAAACAUUAGAACUAGUUAUUGCUAUAUAUCGAGGAAAGGCAAUACCACGUUUUAAUGAUACAUUUAGUUCAGUAACAGCUGGUGUUAUGUCGCGUAUACCUCGACUAUUUCUUCGAUCAAUUGAAUUAUCAACAUAUAUAUGGGUAUAUGAAAAUGUUCGUAUUUUUCCACGAUUACCAUGGAAUUCACCAAUAACAUAUUGGGUUGCAUUUCUUGGAGUAGAUCUUGGUUAUUAUUGGUUUCAUCGUAUGGCACAUGAGGUUAAUCUUUUUUGGGCUUCACAUCAAACACAUCAUUCAUCGGAAGAUUACAAUUUAUCAACAGCACUUCGGCAAGGUGUUAUGCAAACAUAUGCUUCAUGGAUAUUUUAUUUGCCACUAGCUUUAUUUGUUCCACCUCCAAUAUUUUUAAUUCAUGCACAAAUGAAUUUAUUGUAUCAAUUUUGGAUUCAUACUGAAGUCGUUUCAAAUCUUGGUCCGUUUGAAUACAUACUAAAUACACCAAGUCAUCAUCGUGUUCAUCAUGGAAGAAAUCCAUAUUGUAUUGAUAAAAAUUAUGCUGGAGUUUUUAUUAUAUGGGAUCGGUUAUUUGGUACAUUUGCUGCUGAACGUAAAGAUGAAAAAAUUGCUUAUGGUCUUAUACAUUCAAUAAAAACAUUUGAUCCAUUAGAAACACAAUUUUGUCAUCUUAAAUAUAUGUUUAAACAAUUUUUAAUAAAUAAAGGAUGGCAAAAUAAAUUAUCUGUUAUUUGGAAAGGUCCAGGAUGGCAACCAAAUUUACCUCGAUUAGGUAGUAAUAAGUUUCCGCCAGUCAAAUAUCCUAUUUGCGUUUAUCAUCCAAAUGUAUCAACAGCAUUAUCAUUGUAUACAUUUAUACAUUUUGCGUAUGUUUUAAUUCAAUACAGUGCGGUACUUAAAUAUUCAAAAAAUUAUUCGAUUUUCGCAUUAUUUCUUUAUUCAAUUAUUUUACUUUACACGUUACAAACAUUUGGUGCUAUUUUUGAUCAAAAGUAA